AUGGAGACUCCGAUCACGGAAUUCGUCCUCUUCAAACCGAAGCAACCGUCCCCUGCCUUCGACUCCGUCAUAUCGGCACUCAAAUCCGUCCAGGGUGUGGACGCCGUGUACCACGGCAGCCAGCUCGAGGACCAGACGACCCAUGUCUUCGUGAUCCGCUGGACCUCCCACGACGCCUUUACGGCCUUCUCCUCCUCGGAAGCCUACACCCCCUGGCUUGCCGACUUCAAGGCCCUCGCGGCCGAUCCCCGCUUCUACCAGGUCCGCUUCACCCCGUCCGCCACCCCGGCCCUCGACGCGCCCUGCACCGAGGUCGUGGUCGCUUACGGCAUUCGCCGCGCCGUCUUCGUCGACAACCUGCACAUCUUCUCCGACCGCAUGACCGAGGGCGGCCGGGCCGGGUCGAUGGAAGGAUGGCAUGCGAACGCCUGGGGCGAGGUUACGACCCCGCUCCCCGCGCCGGCUGGCGGCGCCGAAGGCCACGCUGCUGUGCUGCUGGUGGGUUGGGAUAGCAAGGAGGCUCAUCUCAACGCUAAGGCUGUGCCUGGACCUAUAUCUGACAACAUCGAACUUAUCCGAAAAGAACGUGAGGCUUUGACAAUGCUUCAGUACCAUGUCAAUCUGAACAGGCUUUAG